GACCACAAAAUGGAUGAUCAAUGACAGCAAACUUACGUGUAGAUUUUAUAAAAGUUAGUAAAUAAUAAUGAUAAUAUAUUGUUUGCAUAUAGUUAAAUGCAGUAUGUGAUUUUCUGAAGAAGUUAAGAGGUUAUAUCACAUUCCAGUUGUUCAGAGCACUUUGUAGAGAUAUACACCUUUAAACAUGUCGUGUUCAGCGAUAUAUAUUUUAGAUGUAAAAGGAAAAGUUUUAAUCUCUAGGAACUAUAGGGGCGAUAUAGACCUAGGUGUAAUAGAAAAGUUUAUGCCUUUGUUAAUGGAAAAAGAAGAAGAAGGACUUCUAACUCCAAUUUUACAAAUCCCUGAAUGCACCUUCUCAUAUAUUAAAACCAACAAUCUAUAUAUAGUAAGCACUACGAAGAAAAAUGGUAAUAUCGCUCUUGUAUUUGUAUUUUUACAUAAAAUUGUUCAAGUUAUGACUGAAUAUUUUAAAGAAUUAGAAGAAGAAAGUAUCAGAGAUAAUUUUGUUGUUAUUUAUGAGUUGUUGGACGAACUUUUAGACUUUGGCUAUCCUCAAACAACUGAUAGCAAAAUUCUUCAAGAAUACAUCACUCAAGAAGGUCAUAAACUGGAGAUACAACCAAGAAUUCCUGUAGCUGUUACAAAUGCAGUUUCAUGGCGUUCUGAGGGAAUAAAAUACAGGAAAAAUGAAGUAUUCUUAGAUGUAAUAGAGUCAGUAAAUCUUUUAGCAAGUGCAAAUGGCAAUGUAUUAAGAAGUGAAAUAGUGGGAGCAAUAAAAAUGAGAGUGUAUCUUUCUGGUAUGCCUGAACUGAGAUUAGGUCUCAAUGAUAAAGUAUUAUUCGAGAGUACAGGGCGUGGUAAAUCUAAAUCUGUAGAGUUAGAUGAUGUUAAAUUCCAUCAAUGUGUAAGAUUAUCAAGAUUUGAAAUAGACAGAACAAUCUCUUUUAUUCCACCAGAUGGUGAAUUUGAAUUAAUGUCUUAUCGUUUGAAUACACAUGUUAAACCAUUAAUUUGGAUUGAGUCUGUUAUAGAAAGACAUGCCCAUAGCAGAGUGGAGUACAUGAUUAAAGCUAAAUCUCAAUUCAAGAGACGUUCUACUGCUAACAAUGUUGAAAUAAUCAUUCCAGUGCCACAUGAUGCAGAUUCUCCAAAGUUCAAAACCACCAUUGGCAGUGUCAAGUAUGCCCCUGAACAAAAUGCCAUAACUUGGAGUAUCAAAUCAUUCCCAGGGGGUAAGGAGUAUUUGAUGAGGGCUCACUUUGGUUUACCUAGCGUUGAAUGUGAAGAUACUGAGGGUAAACCACCUAUUCAAGUCAAAUUUGAAAUUCCGUAUUUUACAACUUCUGGAAUACAAGUCAGAUACUUGAAGAUUAUUGAAAAGAGUGGGUAUCAAGCUCUACCAUGGGUGAGAUAUAUUACACAGAAUGGAGACUACCAGUUACGUACUAAUUAAGCAUUGUUAUUGUACUUUUUUGCUUUUUACGUUAGAAUAUAUAUUUUUACUUAUACUUUUAUUUGUAGGGUCUUAUAAAACUUUGUACUAUGUAGCACAAUAUUCAGUUAAUAUAUUUUAAAAUAAACAUU